AUGAAAAUCAACCGAAAGCACAAGGACCAUUUCUGUAUUUUACUCAAAACAAAAAAUAUUCAAAAAGUCGCCGGUGAUAUGUCAUUGAUAGCUCGACAACUCCAUCUUCACUCCAGCAAGUUUCGCCGACUGAGUGUCACCUCCGAUCUGUCGCCGCACCGCCCGUCGCCACCCUCCUCUCCGAUCGCAUCUCCGGUCGUCGCCUCCGAACAGCAAGCGCCACUUCUCGAUUGUAGCGAACAGGGGCAUCCAAAAGCUGCUUCUUUGAGAACAAUUCUACUGCCUUUUCCAGAUCUUUGUGCACGUCUUUUUGAUGGAAAUAGUGCUACUGGUAAUUUUAGGAGUUACUCAACCCAAUCAUCAUCAGUAGCUGGCGCAUCCUCCUAUCGUGUUCCACCACUUCAGAUCACCGCCACCCCUUUUGAUGCAAUGGAUGAUGAUGGUGUUGACACUUCUCAUCAUAAGCCACCACGUUCUGCUGCUUCACCUUCUGCUGGUUUACCUUCUGCUGCUUCACCUUCUGCUCAUUCACCAUAUACUGCUACACCAUCCGGUAACCCCAACAAAAGGGCUAAACCCUCAACUCCUGUAGCUCCUAGUGCCUCACCGUCUGCUUCUUCACCUGAUGGAACUUCUGUUACUGCUGACGAUUUAGCAUUUGAAAUGAAGAAAACUCUACAAAGUUUGACUAAAGGGUAUACAUGUAGCACCUGGUUUCCGUGUUUAGAGAAGUUAGAGGUCCUUCAUUUAGGCCCUACAGAUCCUUUACCCUUUGUCGCAUAUCAUAUUUUUGGAGGAACCAUAAACAUGAGAGAGAUGUGGAUGCAUUUGCCCGAUGUUCCCGAGAUAUUACGAGGGUGGCUUGAGAUGAUGGGUACCAGUUUAGGAGUUUUGAAGGAUGGGAAGAUUGUUCGAUGA